CCGGGGACGGGUGGGCAGGGGACACGCGGGCCCCGCGGGGCCACCGUGGAGUGAGGCGACGCGUGGCCCCGCGAUCGGACCCCGACGGGUGGCCCCGGGCUCCGCGCGCCGGAAGAUGCGCAGGGCAGAUUCACCAAAACCGCCUCUCGCUCCCAAGCCCAAGACCACCAGUCCGCUCACGCCGGGGACGGUCCCCAAGUUCCCUUCGUCCCCCAGGCUUGAUAGUGUCCCCAGCCCGACCUCGAUGUUCAGGGGCCCGAAGCCGCCCAUCGCCCCCAAGCCCAGGCUGGCCGGCCCCGGCGAGUGGAGGGGCAGCGGGCACACGGGUGACAGCUUCGGCAGGUACAGCAACGGUCGGCUGCCCUGCGGGGACGGGGGGCUCCCCGGGGGCCACCGGGCCACCCCGGAGUGCUCUGAGUCCGAGACGGAUGAGGACUACAUCGCGGUCCCCGGGAGCCCAAGGAGCGCGGACACGGUGACUCCGGACGCCUCCCGGGAGGAGGAAGAGGAGCAUGAGGAGGAAGGUGACAAGUGUCACACGGACGGGGCAGGACCCGGCGAGGACUCGGAUGUCCCAGAGGCUGCAGGGACGCCGCCUGGGGAGGCUGACGAAGCCGUAGACCACGCUCCUGAAAACGGGGAGGACGGCUGUGACCGGGACAUGGGGACGGGGCAGCCGGCGUCCCCAAGUGAGGAGGACGGGAAGCCGGCGGAGGGACACGACUUGGAGGACGGGGACGGAGACGGGGUCUUUUGGAGCGAUGUCGUCCUGACACAGGUGGACGCGGAGGAGCCAGCUGUCCCCGGGGAGGAGCCCGGGUCCCCCGACAGCCCCCGGGAGGCAGAGGAGGACGGUGAGAAAAGCCACGGUGACACAAGCGAAGCAGCUGGGACAGAGGACAGUGUGGAUACCGACAGGGCCACCGAGGAUGCCGGACGGGACAUUGCAGGGACCAGCGUGGAGCCCCCCGAGAGCGGGGAGGUGGCCCCGGGCGUCCGGGACACAGAGGUGGCUGCGGGUGACCCGGAAAUCUCAGAGGACCGUGAAGCCACCACGGCCGGUGGGGACGAGGUCUCCGGGGACGAACCGCCCGGCCACGAUGAUCAAAGCCACCAGGAAGAAGCAGCCGGGGACCCUCGGGAUGACGAGGACCCCGUGUGCGAGGAGCCCGGCGAGGACAGCGGCCACAUUGUUCCCUUCGAGAGCGACUGUCUCGAUGACUUGGGGACGUCCCUGGCGGGAAGUCCCUACGCGUUGCUGCCCACCGAGAGCACCUCGUUCUGCGGUGACAACUGUUCUCUCUCUGGGCCGGCGAAGGGCUCCGUGUCGUCAUCGGAGCAGGACUGGGAGGUCCCCGGGGCCGGAGCUGCACGUGGGCAGCAGGACGGAGCUGGGGACAGUCCCGAUGUCCCCGUCACCGCGGUGCUCACGCCGGAGGAAGAGGAGGAGGAGGACGAAGGUGCCCUGGACGACACCCUCAUUGACCCCUACGUGCUGGGACUCGGCCCGGUGACAUGUGGGGCUGGCCCCGCCGCAGGGGACCCGACGGAAGUAACCAACUAUGACACCGAGGGUGGCCCGGCCCCCGGUGACAGGAAGGGCCCGGUCGCCAGGGCCCGGUCCCCCUCUGCGAAGGUGGCCGGCCAGGUCCCCGAAACCGUCCCCGAAGAAUCGGGACCAGACGCGGGCUCGGCCGCCACCGGCGUCCCCGGGGCCACCGAGGAGGCGGGAAAGCCGCUGUCGCCGCUGGACGGGAAGCUUCUAGAAGCCGGCAGGGCCCUGCCCGCGAAGCCCAGAGCCUUCACGCUGUACCCGCGGUCGUUCUCGGUGGAAGGUCGCGAAGUCCCCGUGUCCCUGUACCGCGAGCCCGAGGGGACCCGCUCGGACGAGCCCAGGCUCAAGAGGCACGAGGACAACCUGUCCCUGCCGUGUGUCAUCGGGUCUUCCGGAAGCUUCUCCCAGAGGAACCACCUUCCGUCCAGCGGCACCUCCACGCCCUCCUCGGUGGCCGACAUCCCGCCACCCUUCGACCUGGCGUGUGUCACCAAGAGGCCCGUCACCAAGAGCUCCCCGUCCCUGCUGCUCGACGGGGACCCCGCGGACAGGCAGCCCAAGAAGAAGAAGUCGUCGUUCAAGCGCUUCCUGGCGAUGACCUUCAAGAGGAGGACGGAGAGCAAAGUCCACGUGGAUGUCACCGUGUCGUCCUCGAGGUCGUCCUCGGAAUCCAGCUCCCACGGGCCGUCCUGGCUUCUGGAAAUCGACCGUCGCAGCCUCGGCGACUCGCCCCAGCUCAGGGUCCGGACCGGGAAGCUCCGGGCCAGCGAGUCCCCUUCGUCCCUCAUCUUCUCCAGGGACGCCAAGAGGAAGGGGGUCCCCUUCGGCCGCACGGUGUCCCGCGUGGAGUCGUUCGAGGACCGCCCGCGGCCACCCCUCCUGCCCCUGCCGCUCACCAAGCCCCGCUCCAUCUCCUUCCCCAACGCGGACACGUCGUCCGACUACGAGAACAUUCCGGCCCUGAGCUCGGACUACGAGAACAUCCAGAUCCCGCCCCGGCGGCCGGGGACGGCGACGGGGACGUUCGCGAAGGUGUUCGAAGACCAGAGCCGGGCGCUGGCCGCGGCCGCCGAGAACGACGGCUACGUGGACAUGAGCAGCUUCAACGCCUUCGAGGGGAGACGGCAGGGCGCAGGGCGGGACGCCGAAAGCACCUACACGGAGCCCUACAAGGUGUGUCCCGUCUUGGUGGCAGCCGCGAAAGGGGACGUGACGUCGGACGAGGAGCAGAGAAGCUCAGAGGAGGAGGAUGACAGUGUCCCGAGAGACGCCAGCCUCACCCCCAAGGCGGAAGGACAGUCCAGAGCCCUCGUCAUUGUUCAGGAGCUGCUGUCGUCGGAGAAAGCGUACGUGGAGAUGCUGCAGCACCUGCGCCUGGUGAGUUCGUCAUUUGAAUUGUCCCCAAGCUAAUUGUCCUUGGACGAGGCCGGGAUAUAUAAGAGGCGGGAAAGCAGUGAGGGGACAGAGGUGACUGUCAUUCGCAGAGGCGUUUUGGGGAAGGCUGUCUCCUCGUGCACGUUCUCCAAGGCCGGGUGGCCCUGAGCUUGCAGCGGCGGGGGAUGGGGGCGUGGACGGAAGGUUCUGGAAGGAUCUGAGGUGUCCUCAGCCGUCUAGCUGAGAGAGGCAGGAGGGGUGGCCCUGGGCAUUCCCUGAGGAGGUGACAUUCGGGGGCUGAGUCACAGGGAGCGGGGAGGGAAGAGGGCCCCUCCGAGACUGGGCAAGCGAGGGGACGUGGGGCGUGAGCCGGCCACCUGAGGCCCCCCGGCACCCACAGCUCACGCGGAAUCGGUCACCUGUGAAACGUCACCUGUCGCUACGUGUCGGUCACCUUCCCCGGGCUGCUUGCCGGGUACAGAGAUGGCGCUCGUAGCCCCGUUUUGCAGACGGGGAAACUGGGGUCUUUGCAGAGGAAGGGACUUCGCCCCGGUCACACACGGGCACCUCUCCAGGGAGACCAGGGCUCCUGUUUGCUUUCCAAGCCGGGACUCGGGGAGCCCUGGCGGGGGCAGCAGGGGACCCCGUAGGGCGGGUCCCCCCCCCAGACCCCGGGCCUGUCCCCCAGCAUCCGUCGGUCCCAAUCCUGUGCAUUUCUUGCAAGGUGCACGCUCAACUUCUCCGCGGCUCGCCUGCCCCAGGGCCUUUGCACGUGCUGUGUCGGCCGCCCGGAGCACGUCCCUGUUGUCUCGGGGUGGCGUUGCGUCCUCGGCGGGUCCCCAGGGCUAAGCCAGACCUCCCUGCCGUGUCCUCUCAGCCGCUCUCUGCUUUUGGAGCUUUAUGGGCCACCUGAGACCCCGCCUGAGACCCCGUCUCUACUAAAAAUAGGAAGA